CAUCAUAAACCCCUGAGAAUACACGUUUGUAUAAAGAAAGAGUGAUUGGAACUUAACAAAUAUUGACUCACUGUAAAGCACAAUGCAUCAUUCAGAUUGCACAACAUGAUGGGUUAUCUGCUGAAUGCUAGCUCUUGACUGUUCUCAGUGGCUGUGAAGUGGGAGUUUACUUCUCCCUAACCCAAGAUGAUGAGAAAUAGGAGCUAGGAGUUUCCUUUAUCCAAACUGGAUCAAAAGUGCUACACAAAACAAUCUACUGCAACUUUUGGUCAUAAUAUCGGACUGCAACAAAAUCGCUUCAGGCGGCUUUUCCUCCUGAAAAAUGGGUGGGAGCUAGUUCUAGAUCUAUAUAUAUCUAUAUCUAUAUCUAUCUAUAGUAAUUAUAUAAGCGGCGAUCGACGAGCUACAGUGUUAAAGAACAGUAGUUUUACCACUCCGUGCAUUUAUUCCGUGUUGAUUGUUAAUUGUCUUUUUUAUCCUUUUGGUUUCAUCUUUUGUAUCCGUUUAAAUAAGAAUAUUUUGGUCUUUAAUGUUAAGUUGUGUCAGUGAUAUUUUCUCCCCAGAAAAAUUUUAGGCCGCAAGUCCAUCUCUCAUUCUCGCCUUCGUCUUCCUCCCACAUUUUUUCUCUCAACUCAGACCCUCUACCAUCCAUUUCUCGCGGCCCUCCAUUUCUCUUCAUGUAGCUAAAACCCAAAUCGCCAAAGCUGUGAAACCCAGCCCCAACACUUGUCUGUCCCUCUGUUUCCAUCAUCUCCACCACAUCAUCUCCCCAACGCCUGUCUCUCCCUCUGUGAAACCCAAAUCACCAAAGCUGUGAAACCCACCACCGUACGAAGUCUGGUCGAGGACGACCUGGUUCAAGGUCCUGAUUCCCAACAGUUAUUAGAGCCAGCAAGUAACUGCAAACAAAAGUAACCGACACUUUCCAGACACUCAGAUUUAACUUCUACAGCGAUCGAGCAAGCAAGUCAUGCAGUGGGGGUGUCACUCCCAAUUAUUCAGGGGUUUUCAUGGGGAUGGUAUUCGGGAUUGCAUUGAUGGCGGGAUGGAAACAAAUGAUGCGGUACCGGAGCACCAAGCGAAUUGCUAAGUGGGUUGCAGGAGAUACUGGAUGCGAUUUCGGAAGCGAAGGUGCUGGGCGAUGAUCACUAUUAUCAUGCGUGGGGUACACCUUGGGGUUAUGGAUACGAUGGCUCGACGAGGGAUUGGGACGACGUCGUGGCGGAGAUGUAGGAGGAGGUUUGCAGGGAAAGAGGUGGUGACGAGAUGCAGAGGUUUUGUGCGUAGAGGUUUCUGAAUGAGCCCUGAUCCUUUUAUUCAGUUUCCCUUUACUAGGGAACAAGUUGAACAACUUGACAAGAACAAGCAAUGGUCCAGGGCACUUGAUGGUUCUAAUUACCUCCCAGGAAUGGUACCUAUCUUUGGGCUGUCGAUAUAAAACUCCUUGGAUCCCUUAAUCGGGAUGAUUUGAAGAAAAUUUGCGGUGAUAAUUUUCCUGAAUGGAUAUCUUUCCCCGCCUUUGAACAGAGAGGACUCAAAAGAUCAUAUGGUUUGCUUUGUUUCGGCACAUAUCUUAGUCGAAUUAAAUGAUGUUUUUACAAGAUGGAAAUCUCUUGGGAAAAAGUGGGAUUAUGAAAGCUCUAAGGUUGGGCUAAAAACCUAUCAAGUGGAAAGCUGACAGACUAUUGAUACCAGAUACGGUGUUCAAAAAGUUCCUUUGCAUAAUAAUUUGUUGAUAAGAGGUCAUUGCCAACCAUUGACAAGGUCAAGGGAUAUGGUGGAAGAGAUGUGGAAGUCAUGAAGAUUGCACAUGAUUGCAUUCAGAAAUCAUUGCAGUUUAUACAUGAAAGAGAAAUUUCUCACCUAGAUGUCAAACCUUAUAAUAUUUAUGUAAAGAAUGGUGUUUAUAAGUUGUCAUUUUGGAUGUGCAAUUCUCACGGUAAGAGCUUGCAAAUUGAAUAAUGAUUUUGUAUGUUCAAUUUAUGUAAAGAAUGUGUUUUAUUUUCUGUUGUUCAACUUAAAUUAGUUUUAGUGCAUGUUGUUAUGAGAUGAUAAUGUCAUCUUCCAUUUCAAAGAUGUUACUGUUAUCUGUUUUUGCAAAAAUAAUUUCUAUAGAAUUAUUUUAUUCCUCCAACCGGGUGCUAUGUAUAUUACUAGAUUAUAUGGAUAUAAUAAUAUAAUAUGAUUGACGGUCAAGCUUUUGGUAUCUGUGAUCAAGAAGUUUGGUUUUCUAAAAUUUUUAGUAUGUUUGGCUUGUUGUAUUGUCUGGAUAGAGUAAAUUUACAGGGUGGUUUUGAAAGGAGCCGCACUUUGGUUCUUAGUGCAGUGGCUGUUGGUGUGGGGUUGUUUUGCACUCUGUUUAUUUCGUUUUAUGUGAUGCAAUGUCUAAUUUUUUUUAUUCAACUUCAACUAAGCUUGCUCUGAACAAAUUUGGCAAAUCUACAAAUAGAAUCAACUUCCAUCCCUUUAUGUUGUAUUGGAAACUAAUCUUUUACUUUUUCUUAUUUGUGCUAUCAUCUAAUUAAUAUCCUCCAAUUCACUAUACUUAUUCUAAAAAAGUUCAUAAAAUUUAUUAUUCCUUCCAUCCACAGCAAAUAUUUUAUUAACAUCAAUUUUUUAUAAAAAAUAUUAUUUUUGUCUAAAAUAAUAACAAACCCAACUAAGCAAAUGUGCAUCGCACGUUGCCUCUCCACUAGUAUAUAUAUAUAUUUUUUUUUCUCAUGUGCUGUAAUAACUAGUUUGAGAUGAUUGUUGGGGCUUCUCAUCUUUUUUUUAUUGUAACUGUUUAAUAUAUAUAUUAUGCUUGUUUAGAAAAAAGCAAAAAAAUAAAAAAAAAAAUAAAAAAAAAAAAAAUGCCUAAAGUGGUACUUGGGAUCAUUGAUCAGCCGGUCAGUCGCAUGUAAGAAAAGUGAGCAUUGAGAGGACAUUCGAUUCAAACUCAUUAACUAUAUAUGUGGUCUCUUUUCAAAGCUAGCUCCUCAAGUCUUGGAUUGAACAUAAAUGUUGUCUUUUCUUGGCCUUGGCCUAGAUAAUGAAAUUUCUCGGUAACGAAGAACAUGUAAAAGCGAAGCCAAAUACUUAAAGACGUGAAGUCCAGUCAACCAAGUCCACAAAAGGGAGGAAAUGACAAUAAUCUCCACCUUAUCCCACUAUCGCCAACAUUUUCCACGAAAUUAUUCUUUCAAAACUUCAGCCUUAAGUUAUGAAAUUACAAAGAGGUUUCUAUAAAACCCGAGCUUUACUCCCAGAUUGAGAAAGAGCAGAACGGCAUCAAAUUCACUCUCUUUUGCUCUUGUAAGUAACUUUUCCUUUUUCUGCAUUUCUUUGUGUUAUAAGCUGAUGUGAUACUCCCUCCACUCGAUUAGAAGACGUACGUCUUCUUCUAGUCCUGUUUUAUAUGGUCGGUUAGACUCUCUGUUUCAAUUUUACUCGUUUUUCCAUUUGAUUCCUUUGCUAAUAUGUUGAUUAGAUGUGAAUUUGUCCCCUUCCAGAAGAAUCAAGCUCAAGUCCUGGAAGGAAACAAGCAAGGAUGAAUAUUGAGUACAUCGAUGUAAUGAUUGAAAUAUUCAGCCGGCUGCCCUUGAAGUCUCUGCUGAGAGUCAGGUGUGUCUGUAAAUGGUGGAACCAGAUCAUCUCCGACCCAGUCUUCAUCUCUAAUUACUCAAGUUGUAAUCCGCAGUACAAAGUCUCAGGAUUCUACUUGGAGAAGUAUUUAUUUCUUAAAAUGUAUUCAGGGUUAAGGUUCAUUACAUGUGCCGGCCAAGUGGAUGCUGCUCCCAAGCCAUCUCUUUCUUUCAUUGAUGGUGAGAAUGGUGUUUGUAUAAAGCACUCCUGCAAUGGCCUCCUACUUUGCAGUAGCUUCCGUUGCCACGAAGAAGACCGCAAAUACUACAUCUGUAAACCCACCACAAAGCAGUAUAUGCCAUUGCCCGGACCUCAGUGCAAAACUGUCUUUGGUAUUAGCAUUGCAUUUAACCCUCAAAACUCACCCCAUUACCAAGUUAUAUGCAUUUGUGACUCCAAAUUGUCAGCAAAGCAUCGCCAAAUAAUGAUAUACAGUUCGAAUACUGGCUGCUGGAGAUUGUCAGGAAAUCCCUUUGAAGUUUUGGUUGAUUUUCUGUUCAACCGAGGGGUCUUUUGGAAGGGUGCUUUACAUUGGGUUGGCAGGGGAGUGUCAUCACUUCGGUUUGAUGUUGAAAGAGAGCUUCUUCAUACAAUGCUGAUACCUCCCAUUCCAGAGGGCUGGGGCUGGGCAGAAAGAAGAUUUGAAUAUUUCGGUGAAUCGGGAGGCCAUCUAUAUCUCAUCGAGAACUAUGGCCCUCAAAAAGCUGUGUUUGAUGUGAUGGAGAUGAAUGGCGAUUAUUCUGGGUGGUUUGUGAAGUACCAUGUCAAUCUCGAUGGACCACUGCCUGCCCCGUUUCCGUUUAACCCAAGGCACCAUCAGGAAUUUCAUCGUCGUGUUUUCUCCGUCUUGCACAUUUUUCAUCGAAGAGUUGGAGAAAGGGAAGAGUCAAUCUUGGUACUCCAUAUUCCUGGAGACUUGACCCUUUACAACCUUGGAGACAACCCAUUGGGGAGCCUUUCUGACCUGUAUCCGAUGAGAAUGGUAGAGAAUCCGAUACUGCCAUAUGCGUGGAAAUCCAGGAAUCUGGGAUUGUGCUAUACAUGGGAAUCUAUUCAUCCAUUUAGCAACACUCAAUGUUAUCUUUGAUGAUUGCUUUAGUAGUGAUUAUUUGUGGAUGACAGACAUGCUUGAAGUGGUUUUAUGUCUCGACGAUUUGAAAAUGAUGCGAUUAAAGUGACAAGAGUUAGUUCGUUUGCUUA